UCGGCCUCGCGGGCCGUGCGUCACCCCGGCUGGGGGCGGGGCGCAGGGCGGAGCCUGGAGGAGCUCGGUUUAGAUCUCGGCCGCCGGGGCUCCCCGGGCCCCGGAACGAGGAUAAGUGGGACGGCCGCCGCGGCGAAAGGGGGUGGGGUGGAGCGUGCCCCGUAUUUUUUAUACGGGUUCCGGGGCCCGGCAGAGGCGCGCUGAGAGGAAGGGAAAGUGCGGCGGCCCUGGAACCUGGAUAUCGCGCGAGAUUUGUGACCCAGAGGAAAUCUCUGACCUCAGCUGUGGCUCUCAGGGCUGGCCGGAAGCCAACUUCAUGUCUGAGUGCACGAGCAGCAGUUUGCCAUGGAGAGCUUGGGGCUGCAGACGGUGACCCUUAGUGAUGGGACGACAGCCUACGUCCAACAAGCUGUCAAAGGAGAGAAGCUGCUUGAAGGGCAAGUGAUCCAGCUUGAGGACGGGACCACUGCAUACAUUCAUCAGGUGACAGUACAGAAAGAAUCUCUCUCGUUUGAGGAUGGACAGCCUGUGCAGUUGGAAGAUGGCAGCAUGGCCUACAUACACCGCACACCCAAAGAGGGCUAUGACCCCAGCGCCCUGGAAGCUGUCCAGCUGGAAGAUGGCUCCACUGCCUAUAUUCACCACCCUGUAGCUGUGCCAUCAGAUGGCACCAUCCUGGCCGUGCAGACAGAGGUGGGUUUGGAGGACCUGGCAGCAGAGGAUGACGAGGGCUUCAGUGCAGACACAGUGGUGGCCCUGGAGCAGUAUGCCAGCAAGGUUCUCCAUGAUAGCCAGGCCCCCCACAGUGGCAGAGGGCAGCAGGUUGGAGACAGAGCGUUCCGCUGUGGCUACAAGGGCUGUGGGCGUCUCUAUACCACGGCUCAUCACUUGAAGGUGCAUGAACGAGCUCAUACGGGUGACCGUCCAUACCGGUGUGACUUCCCUAGCUGUGGAAAAGCCUUUGCCACAGGCUACGGGCUGAAGAGCCACGUUCGUACCCACACUGGUGAGAAACCAUACAAGUGCCCAGAGGAACUGUGCAGCAAGGCCUUCAAGACCUCGGGAGACCUGCAGAAGCAUGUCCGUACCCACACUGGUGAACGCCCGUUCCGAUGUCCUUUCGAGGGCUGUGGCCGCUCCUUUACUACAUCUAAUAUCCGCAAGGUACAUGUGCGCACUCACACAGGCGAGCGGCCCUACACCUGCCCGGAGCCCCACUGUGGCCGUGGCUUCACCAGCGCUACCAACUACAAGAAUCAUGUGCGCAUCCACACAGGGGAGAAGCCAUACGUUUGCACGGUGCCAGGCUGCGGGAAACGCUUCACCGAGUAUUCAAGCUUGUACAAGCACCACGUGGUGCACACACACUGCAAGCCCUACACCUGCAGCACCUGCGGCAAGACCUACCGGCAAACCUCCACCUUGGCCAUGCACAAGCGCAGUGCCCACGGCGAGCUGGAGGCCACAGAGGAGAGCGAGCAGGCCCUCUAUGAGCAACAGCAGCUUGAGGCCGCCUCUGCAGCCGAGGAGAGUCCGCCACCCAAACAACCCCACAUUACUUACCUUUCGGAGGUGAAGGAAGAGGGUGAUGACAUCCCAGCCCAAGUGGCCAUGGUGACUGAAGAGGAUGGGGCUCCCCAGGUGGCUCUGAUCACUCAGGAUGGCACCCAGCAGGUCAGCCUGUCCCCGGAAGACCUGCAGGCCCUGGGCAGUGCCAUCAGCAUGGUGACCCAGCACGGCAGCACCACCAUCACCAUCCCCAGUCAUGACGAUGAACUGACUACAUCUGGCACACACACGGUCACCAUGGUCAGCGCCGAUGGCACACAGACGCAGCCCGUCACAAUCAUUACCUCUGGGGCUGUGAUGACUGAGGACUCAAGUGUGGCAUCCCUUCAUCACCAACAGGUGGCGCUGUUGGCUACACCCAACGGAACUCACAUUGCUGUGCAGCUGGAGGAGCAGCAGACCUUAGAGGAGGCCAUCAGCGUGGCCACUGCUGCCAUGCAGCAAGGGGCUGUGACCCUGGAGACAACAGUGUCGGAGAGCGGCUGCUGAGCCCAGAAGGGCUGGAUCCCACGCCAUGUCCAAGGAGGUGUCAUGCUGCACAGGCAUUCCUGCCUGCAAGGGCCCAGGCUGUGGCUGACGCAUGAAGGUGGCCACAUAAGUCUCUGGGGCAAGAAGGCAGCAAGAAAGUGGCUAACUGAAGGGGAUGGGGACCCCACCAGGAAGAAGACCAGGCAGCUGGAAUCGUGGGAGUGUACAUCAUCCUCGGGAGCAGAGGAGGGCAACCUAGCCACCAGGCUGUAGUGGGCACCCUCCUCUCAAAAUCAGCUGGACGCUGUGCUCUUUCCUCUAGAGAAUGCCGUUCCCUUCUUGGGGGAGAUUAGGACAGCUGUGGGAACUGGCCCUCCACCCUGACUGGUCAUGGCCCACUAGGGGAGAAGGCAGACUGCUCUUCAGCCCAGUAGGGGCAGAGCAGACCUGGUCCUGCCUCCCAGCAAUAACCACCUCCCUGAAAGCUGGCCCAGACACCUGACUACUUGGCACCUGGGACUUCCUACCACAGUCAGAAUGAAUUCCUCAGGGGCCUGUGGCUGGAGAAGAGGUGCCCAGCCCACACCACCCUCAGCCACCCCCCAGCCUCUCUGUGGCAGAGAGGCAGGGAGCGUCCCUGUACAUAGACUGCUGGGAAUUGGGUUUAAUUUGUUUUUGGUUUUUUUAAAUUCCAUUUUGAUAAUUUUUCCCUGCUCUGGGUGGUGGUGGCAAAUGGGUGGAUGAAUAUUUAAUAAAAGUUCCAAGUUUCCA